AGUCGUACAAAUACAUUAGAUUCAAGAUGGCGGCAUGAAGUAGAAGACAAAAAGGAAACAACAUUGUUUUAAUUCAUCUUUCAUCGUAGAUUCUGCUGAGAGUACUGAAUUGUUUUCAUUUCAAACCAGAUAUUUGAGGACUCUUUCUCCCUGGAGUUGCAGCUCCUGUUGAAAUCAGCAUUGGACUAUGGAUACACAGAGAUCACCUCACACGAAAGUGUUCAUACAAAGAGAUUUCUCAGAGGGCAUACCUGUCAAGUUCCAAACCAGGUAUCCACCUGAACUGGAAGGAAGGGUUGAUCGAGCAACAUAUGAGUCUACCAUCAAUACUAUCAAUGAAAUGUUUGCUGAGGCGGAAAGUACGGGGUCAAGAACGUACUGUGAAAGCUGUUUUGCCUGUCUGACUGCAUACCUUGCAUUGAUGUGUAUGGAUACCUUCUAUGAAAAGACAUUAAAGAAGGUGCGCCGUUACCUUGAGGAACAAAAUCAGAGAAUCUACAUGUCAAGAGGAGUCAUGAUAAUUGAUCCUGCUGAGAGAGGUUUGAGAAUACUUGAAAUUGACAUAUCCAGCAUUGACACCCCCCAGCGAUGAUUCUUCAAGGCUCGAUGACAGCUGAUUUUUUUUUUUACCCUGUACAGGAAGUUGUUUUCAUCUAUUGUACUGUGACCAGCAUAAAAAGCAUUUCUCCUGAUCUCUGUAGACUUGAAUCACAUCUGUUUUGACCGGAACGAUAAGCUUCAUUUUCCCCUGUGAUUUUAAUGUUACAAGAUCUAUUAAAAA